AUGGAUAGCCCUGGUCCAAAGAGUGCCCACAGAGACACCAGCACUGAUGCUAGAGUCACUACCAGUCCUGUUUUGAAGCCAUCAGGAAGGGUGAAGCUAAAUCAUCCGAUGCAACAGGUGAUUGGAAGUGUCUUAGACCAAAUGAAAACCCGAAAACAAAUUCGAGAGGAGGUAUCUCAUAUGUGCUAUGUUUCGUUAAUUGAAUCAAAGAAUGAAAAAGAGGCCUUACUAGAUGAUAAUUGGGUCAAUGCAAUGCGUAAAGAAUUAGGUCAAUUUGAAUGUAACAAAGUUUGGACUGUUGUUCCCAAAUCUAGAGAUAUGAAUGUGAUAGGUACCAAGUGGAUAUUUAGAAAUAAAUCUGAUGAUAAUGCCAGUCGACCUGACAUUGCAUUAAGUGUAGAUGUUUGUGCCCGUUAUCAAGCCUGUCCUAAGGAGUAUCAUCUUCUUGUUGUCAAACACAUCAUUAAGUAUGCUAGUGGGACAUUGGGAUAUGAGAUUUGGUUCUUGACCGACACUCAUGCCGAUAUCACUGGUUUUUCUGAUGCCGACUGGGCAGGGUGUGUUGAUGAUCGAAAAAGCACAUCUGGUUUCCUGGCAUAG